AUGAUGGAAUCGUGGUCAAGACUGCCUGGCGCCGGAAAUGCAGCAAAACUGGUAGCUGCCAACUCGAAGAGCCCCCCACCAAUUGACACCCUACCCUCCGAGCUAUUGGUUCAUAUCGUUUCGGAAACGGUCAAUGGCAACUCUGGAGACAUUCGGACGCGCAAGACCCCGCAAGAUGAACAGCAUUGUCUGGCGAAAGAGGAGCUUUUUGGGGCUCGCUUCUUAGGUUUGCCAUCGUUGGCGCGACAUCAUUAUGCACACACCCAGUAUCUGGUCGCAUAUCGACGUCUGCUCCGAAUUGUGGGAUAUGGCAAAGAAGAGUCUGGACUCAGAUCGUGCUCCCAUCCCUUGACCCUGUGUCUCUCAGCAGACAGCGAAAACUCGGAUUUUGCAGUCCGACUCUUGCGUUGGUUCUCCGCAUAUUCCCAGCGUUGGAGAGAAGUUCAGCUCCAAGUCGCUUCCAAUUCAAGUUGUUUUCUCUCGGGGGCCAAAGGCAAACUCGACCAGUUGGAGACUCUUGGAAUCUACUACUCCUCUGUAGACGAUGUCAAUCCUCCAUUUGACGCAUUCGCUAUCGCACCACGACUACAUUCAUUCGACUUCCAUGGGGUUAGCAAGUGUCGUCCUUGCAUUCCCUGGCGACAGUUGAAGCUGUUGCGAUGGACGGACGAAGACUUUUCCUGCUCAUCGAUCCCUUUGCUUCCGCUAGGAGAGUUGUGCGAUGGAUGCCAUACCAACUUAUAUCUUGUCGCUCAAGAUCACACGCCGACAUUACUCAAUACACCCAUCGAGUCGAGAAUUGCUUCCUUGUCCCUUUGGUUUUCCAUGUUCAACCUCGACAUCGCGUCGGUUAAUCCUAUCCUCGACGUAUUUUUCGACUCAUUUACGCUUCCGCAACUGCAAGAGCUCAUACUGCUAACGGUCAACGCCCCGAGCAGCUUCUUCUUCCCCAUCAUGUGGCGUCCUUCAUCCACACAAUCAUUUGCAGCGCUAGCUAGACGGUCAGGCUUCCGUCGCUCACUGUUGCGGUUGCAGAUCUGUGUUCCCAUUGCUGAAGACGCUCUAUUCGAAGUGUUGGGCCUCUUGCCACUUCUAGAGACGAUUACAAUUGGCGAUGUACACCCCUACGCAGUAGGAAUCGGUCAACAGGUCACCGAUAGCCUACUGGCUCGAUUUACGCAAUCAAUGCAUAUUACUCCUCAGCUCCGACGCCUCAGUCUGCUUACGCUGUUACACUUCGAGGACGAUUCCUUGGUGCAGCUUCUAUAUGCUAGAGCGUCGAGGAAAUUCAAAUUUGAAUUGGAGGUUUUCUGUAUCGCUCACCCAUUGCGGGAUAUAUACGAGGAACCUCUCCAAACCAAGGCGGAGAGGAUAGAGCCAAAAGUCCUUUUGCGCAUUGGUGUUGCACCUCCAGACAUGAAUGAUCAACUGGGUCCUUGA